UGAUGGUAGUGAUAUCUCGCACCGCUGGUCAUUUCAAGCAGAAGCAAAGAUACGGUCAGAGUGUACGAUGUACCGGUACAAUUCGUAUCAAAACGAUUACCCUCGUCGUGGUAGAGGGGCAGGCGGACGUAGUGGAUUCGGUGGACGAGGAGGAACAACUGAACGAGCAGGUGGACGAGGAGGAGCCAGAGGACGAAGUGGCUUCAGGGGCAGAGGUCGCGGCCGCGGGCAUCAGCGUGAACCCGUUGCCGGUACGGCUCCGUUACUUUUAAUUGGGACCACUGCCUACCGGUGCGUCCCGAUGCCCCGGCCAGAAGCAAUAACUGCCUUCCUGGCUGCAGUGGCCGGUCCGGAGCCAACACUACAGCCUGCGGUAGAGUUAGAAGAGCCAAGAGAUGAGCCUGCUGCGGCUGCUGCAGCUGAGGCUGCUCCUGCUGCGGGUGCUGCUGCUGCGGCUGCUCCUGCUGCUGCUCCUGCUGCUGCUGCGGCUGCUGCUGCUGCGGCUGCUCCUGCUGCUGCUGCGGCUGCUCCUGCUGCUGCUGCGGCUGCUGCUGCUGCGGCUGCUCCUGCUGCUGCUGCGGCUGCUCCUGCUGCUGCUGCGGCUGCUCCUCCUGCUGCGGGUGCUGCUGUAGAAAACCGUAAGGGCCGGAAACGCCGCAACCGGAAGAAUUAGAUUUUUUUUAUAUGCGGGAUUAUA